ACCUGUCCACUGCAAGUCUGCAACCGCUCCUCCAACUCCAAUCGAGUUCUCCCUCAAACUGAAGCGGAGGCGAGGAGCUCCGUCUCGUCGGCAAGAAGCUCGCCGUCGGAGGUGGUUAGCUCGCGGCGGGGCUGCCUCCUCAGAGCUGGACGCCUCGUGGGAUAUCUUGCCGCGCUGCUUCCCCGCCACGGGAGAUCCUGAUGCCUCCCCGCUACUCCACCACCACGCCCGUGUCCCGCAUCCGCCGCCGCCUUUCCUCCACCGCCACCACCACCUCCCCCGCACGGCCCUCUCGCUCCUGGUCUCCCCACGCCGCCUUUGCCGCGGCCACGGAGCGCGCCCGCGCCGGCACGCUCAGCCCGGAGGACGCACACCACCUUUUCGACGAUUUGCUACGGCAGGCCGCCCCGGUCUCUGAGCGCUCCCUGAACGGCUUCCUUGCCGCCCUCGCCCGUGCGCCGGACUCCGCAGCCUGUAGAGAUGGGCCUGCCCUUGCCAUCGCCCUCUUCAACCGUGUGCGCCGAGAAGAAGCCGGCUUGCGGGUGGCGCGGCCCACAAUCUUCACGUAUGGCGUCCUCAUGAACUGCUGCUGCCGCGCGCUUCGCCCGGACCUAGGGCUUGCCUUCUUCGGCCUCCUCCUCAGGACGGGCCUCAAGACAAAUGUGAUCAUCGCCAACACCCUCCUCAAGUGCCUCUGCUAUGCAAAACGCACGGACGAGGCUGUCAACCUGCUGCUUCAUCGCAUGUCCAAGAUCGGCUGUGUGCCUAAUGCCUUCUCAUACUCCAUUGUCCUGAAGAGCCUAUGUGAUGACAGGAGGAGUCAACAAGCGCUGGACCUGCUUCAGAAAGUGAGGAAAGAAGGAGGUGCCUGCUCCCUCAAUGUGGUGGCAUAUACCACCGUCAUACACGGCUUCUUUAAGGAAGGGGAAAUUGGCAAGGCAUGCGAUCUAUUCCAUGAAAUGGCGCAGCAAGGGAUCGUGGCAGAUGUGGUGACAUAUAGCUCGAUUAUUGAUGCCUUGUGCAAGGCCAGAGUAAUGGACAAGGCAGAGUUGUUCCUUCGGCAAAUGGUUGACAACGGUGUUCAACCGGAUGAAGUGACAUAUACUAGCAUGAUACAUGGAUAUUCCAGUUUGGGCCAGUGGAAAGAGGCAAGUAAACUGUUAAGAAAAAUGACAAGCCAGGGUCUCAUACCAAAUAUUGUUACUUGGAACUCGUUCGUGGCAUCCCUUUGCAAGCAUGGAAGAACCAAAGAAGCUGCACAUGUUUUUGAUUCCAUGACCGCCAAGGGCCACAAACCUGAUAUUGUCACGUAUGGCACUCUGCUCCACGGGUAUGCGUCUCAAGGAUGCUUUGCUGAUAUGAUUAAUCUCUUUGAUUCAAUGUCAAGCAAUGGUAUUGUAGCCAACUCUCAUGUUUUCAACAUCUUAAUUGAUGCAUAUGCUAAACAUGGAAUGAUGGACGAAGCUAUGCUCAUACUUACGCAAAUGUGGGAACAAGGAGUGAGUCCAGAUGUAUUCACCUAUUCAACUCUAAUAGCUGCACUUUGUAGAAUGGGCAGGCUGGCUGAUGCUAUGGACAAAUUCAGUCAGAUGAUUUCCAUCGGGGUAGAACCAAACGCAGUUGUUUAUCACUCCCUAAUUCAGGGCUAUUGUACACACGGUGAUUUAGGGAAAGCUAAGGAGUUGGUUUAUGAAAUGAUGAACAAAGGUAUUCCUCGACCCAACAUUGUGUUCUUCAAUUCAAUAAUUAACAGUCUAUGCAAAGAAGGAAGGGUUUUGGAUGCACACGAUAUCUUCAACUUGGUUGUGGAGAUAGGUGAGACACCUAAUGUCAUUACAUUUACUUCACUGAUUGACGGAUAUUGCUUAGUCGGCAAGAUGGAGAAAGCAUCUCGAGUGCUUGAUUCCUUGGUAUCAGUUGGCAUUCAGCCUGAUGUUGUUACGUAUAAUACACUUAUUGAUGGCUAUCUUAAAAGAGGAAGGAUUGUUGAUGGGUUGAGUCUGUUUAGAGAAAUGCCGCAUAAGAAAGUUAAACCUACAACCGUUACAUAUAACAUCAUACUGGAUGGGUUAUUUCGUUCCGGGGAAACUGUUGCUGCAAAGAAAAAGUUCAAUGAGAUGACCGAAAGUGGAACAACAGUGAGCAUUUGCACAUACAGUAUAGUUCUUGGGGGACUUUGUAGAAAUAAUUGCACCGAUGAGGCAAUCGUCAUGUUCCAGAAAUUAGGUUCAAUGAAUGUGAAGUUUGAUAUUGCAAUACUCAAUAUCAUGAUUAAUGCAAUGUACAAGGUUCGGAAAAGAAAAGAAGCUAAAGAUUUGUUUGCUGUGAUAUCAGCGAGUGGGUUGGUACCUAAUGCUUCUACUUAUGGGAUAAUGAUACAGAAUCUUCUGAAAGAAGGAUCAGUGGAAGAAGCUGACAGUAUGUUCUCAUCAAUGGAGAAGAGUGGUUGUGCUCCCAGCUCUCGUAUGUUAAAUAUUAUCAUCCGAAUGUUAUUGGAGAAAGGGGAGAUAGUCAAGGCCGGAAAUUACAUGUCUAAAGUUGAUGGAAAGAGCAUCUCACUUGAAGCUUCAACUACUUCGUUGCUGUUGUCUCUCUUUUCAGGGAAAGGAAAAUAUAGAGAACACAUAAAUUUGCUCCCAGCAAAGUACCAAUUUUUCGAUGGAUUCAGUUUUGUUGCAUAGGACUCGGCUGAUAAGCCUUGGUGUGGUUCAGAGCCCCCUCUCAACUAUUUGGACGUGUAUUUCUUCCGUUCAUUCACCAGGAUGGAGCUAAGUGAUGGUUCACAGUGUUGUUCUGAUCCGUUGUGUACCUGUUGGGCGUGCAUCAAAUGGACAUUGAUCCAUCUGACAUCCAUUUGCACACGCAAGGACCGUCUGGUGGAUUAUAUGUCUGCCAAGGGGAAGAAGGUUAUAGAUUUCAGUGAGAAUACCAUGAUAGAUCAGUAUAUGAGUACCACUUCUGUAUGCAUAAUGUUCAAGUUUUUGUUCUGGACAUCUUCCUUUGCAACUUCAUGUAUGAAUCUAUUAACUCCCUCUUGAUGAGAUCGUGAUAUGUUUUACUAAAACAAAUCCCUCUUGCAUCGAUUUCUCAUCCGCCACUGAGCCCUCUGAUUUGACAUGUGUGAUGUGCUCCCUGGUUCGGCAUGGAGGCUCUGCUUAGUAUCAAGGUUAAAACUGCAAUGGCCUUGACAUGGUUCAGAGCUCCCUCUCAACUAUUUGGACGUGUAUUUCUUCCUUGCAUUCACCAGGGUGGAGCCAAGUGAUGGUGCAACCACGGUGUUCUGGUCUGGUGUGUGCCUGUUGGGCGUGCAUCCUAUGGACAUUGAUCCAUGUGCCCUCUAUUUGUGCGAGCAAGGGCUGUCUGGUGCAUUAGAUAUUUGCUAAUGGCAAAAAGAUUGUGGAUGUCUGUGAGCAUAUCAUGGUGGAUCUCAUCCAUGAGUUUAUCUAUCUCUUCCAAGAAUCUCUUGUAUUGGAAAGCGCAGGCAUAAAAGUAAGAUUGCUUAGGGGUAGAGUGGAGGUUGUGGCAGGUAUGUUGUACUUCAACCAGGUAAAUUUGUUUCAUGGCACACUACCCUUUGUUAAAAUGCAUACAAAGUCUUUGUUGUAUGGUGAUCUUUGGAGGUUUCUAUGUGAGCAGUUUAAUGUUAAUUAAUUGAUUUAAUUCAA